CAAACAUUCAAUAAAAUGUAUAAUAUGGAUGAUUAAUUUCAAUAAAAUUUACUAUGCUAAAAGCAGUAGAAUAAAAAUCUGGAUGUCAUGUAGAUAAUGUAAGUGGUACGGUGUUUGGAAGGGGAAACAUUAACAGACAGGCAAUGUGUCUGGAAAUAACUUCAGUUCUGUGCCACAUUUCACUGAGAAAUCUGAACAUACUGUCAGACUGCUUUGUACUUGACCUUGUAAGAAUCAACUGCUUUUUCACAUAUACAAGGUUCUUUACAGCCUUAGUUAUUCAUAACAAAUAAUUUAAUGCUACCUUAAUGAUUACAAUUCUAAUAUAAGUUGUUUAAAUUGUAAAUGAUUAAAACGUUUGCCUCAAGUUCUUAAGGAAAAAAUAAUCAAACAUAUAGUUAUUUCCUCAAAGGAUGUUCUUAUCAAUCAAGUAAAGAAAUAUGUUGUGUAAGUAAAAUUGUAUGAUGUGUAUAUAUUUUAAGUAGAAAGUGUAUAACUUUUAUAUAGUGGUAACAACAGAAGAAAGUACUUUAAAUAAAGAAGCUCUAAAAAAAUUUCUUUCUUCUGCAAAUUUACAUGAAAAAGUAGGGAGAGCUAAAUAUAUGCCAGUUCUGUUUUAUAAACAUCAGAGAACAUGUGUGGGCUUGUUUCAAACCAUACUGGUAACUGAAAUAGGUUUGAAGUACAGCAGAACCCCGAUUAUUCGAGGUUUUACAUCAUCGAAGACGAGCCGGAAAAAAUAAUGAAAAGCAACAUGUCAAUUUUAAAAAAGAAACCACUUUUAAGUAGAUUAUUGAGUAGUCAUAAUUCUCAAGAAGAACUGAAUGAAGAACAUGUAAUGACGCCGCCUACCAUCGUUAUUAAUGAUACAGUAAGAAGACUGUGAAGAGUCCGAAAAUAUUUGGAUGGAUAAUAUAGAAAAGAACAGUAUUAGCUCUGAGCAUAGUUCUGAAUCUAUUGUUACGUGUCAUAUAAAUGAGAAGCAAAUGACAAAUCAACAACUAUGGAAUAUAGAAGAGAUUGUUCAAGCUUUAUCUAAUCUUCCAGCAGGAGAGCAUGCACUUUCUCUUAUUCCCACCCUUCAUGGUGACACCUUGCGCAAUUGUCUUGACGAAUUUUUAAAUACUGACUUGAAUGAAGUUACACUGAAAAAUCAGAAAACUACCAUAUCUUCAUUUGCAAACGGACACAUACAAAAUACAUCAUUGAGCAUUGAAAAUGAAGCAGCUGCAAAUGCAACUGCUUCACAACUUUUUACAAGGUGGCCAAACACUUGUCUCUUAGUUUCUUGCUAUCUAUGUCAUCUAGAUCUGGUCAAAGCUUUAUUAAGUAAAAAUGCAAAAGUUACUGCCAGAGAUAGCGACGGCAGGACACCGCUACAUUUAGCCGCGUGUGCUGGAUCGGUGAAAAUUAUAGAAGAAUUAUUAAAAUAUGGAGCUAAUCCGUGUGAGUGGGAUUACAAUAAAAAAUGUACACCUUUACACUGUGCCGCUGCUACAGGUGAUUUUGCUUCUGUUAAAUGUUUAAUAAAAUCGCGAGCUGAUGUAAAUGCUGGAUUAUCUGGUAAAAGUCCUCUCUACUAUGCUGUUGUAAGUAAUGCAGCAGAUUGUGUUGAAGCAUUAUUACAAGCAGGUGCUUCCCCUAAUAAUCCACAGGUUUACACUGAGACCCCAUUGCAUGUGGCAGCAAGUUUAGGUUCUGUUACAUGCAUGAAAUUAUUAUUAAGUUAUGGGGCGGAUGUAAGAGUACAAUUCAGUUCUAUGAGAUCCACACCAUUGCAUUUAGCAGCCGAAGAAGGUAGCGCGGAAUGCACAAAGCUACUUUUAGAUGCUGGUGCAGCAUGCGAAGUGAAAAAUGCAAGAGGUCAAGCACCUAUGCAUUUAGCGGCUCUGUCUCAAUCUGCAGAGACUUUAGAGACCCUUAUAAACUUUGGGGCUACAGUUAGUACAGAAGAUAACGACGGUCGCACCCCUUUACACGCUGCUGUUGCUAAAGUGACCAGAGGAAUAGAAUUGGUGAAGAUUUUGAUACAGGCUGGUGCUUUAAUCAACAAAGCUGACAAAUUUGGUUACACGCCUUUGCAUAUUGCGGCGUUAAAUGAAAGUUCAUCAACGGUAAUGAUGUUACUAUCGAGAGGAGCAGAUGUUACUGCUAGAACAAAAGGUGGUAUCUCUGCAUUAAGUUUUAUCGUACGUAGAACACCGGACGUAUUGCCGAGAUUUAUUUCACGUUUAGAUCAUGCGAUUUCUGUACACGAUCAUGAAUUGGGUGAUCUUGAUUGCGAAUUAAGAUUAGAUUUUAGACCACUGGUACCCGGUGGUAGAGGAGAAACGGAUUUAAUGCUUUGCCUUGUGGAAGUUGGUCAAAGACACGUACUGAAGCAUCCCUUAUGCGAAAGUUUUCUUUACUUAAAAUGGUUGAGAAUUCGUAAAUUUUUUUUACUAAAUCUAAUAUUUCAUUCUAUUUUCGUAGCAUUUUUUACAUCAUACAUUGCAGUAACAUAUUUUUGGAAUGUUGAAAAAUUUAAAAAGAUACUGUUUUGGCUAGUGUUAAUAUUUACCAUAGUAUUAGCUGGCAAAGAAUUCUUUCAAAUGACUCAUGGUGUAUACAUUUAUGUUAAAAGAUGGGAAAAUUGGCUUCAGUGGAGUGUUAUAUUAUUAUCAAUCAUAGUUCUACUCAUGCCAAUAAAUGACUGGCAGCAUCAUGUGGCAGCUGUAGCUAUUUUAUUAAUUUGGAUAGAAUUAAUGAUGGUGGUUGGAAGAUUUCCUAUGUUUGGCCUUUAUAUACAAAUGUUUACUCAAGUAUCAAUUAACUUUUUCAAAUUUCUUGGUGCUUAUAUAUGUCUUAUAAUAGGUUUCUCUUUAGGUUUCAGUGUAUUACAUAAAAAUUACAAAUCAUUUAGUAAUCCUCUAGUUGGUUUACUGAAAACUAUUAUAAUGAUGUCUGGAGAGUUAGAAUUUGAGGAUGUAUUUUUUGAUGAAGAUGCACCAAUUUUAUAUUCUGGUACUGCACACUUGAUGCUUCUAAGCUUUGUUAUCUUAGUGACAGUGAUUUUAACAAAUUUGAUGAUGGGCCUUGCCGUAUCAGAUAUACAAGAAUUAAGAAGAUGUGCUGGAUUGGACAGACUUGUACGUAGAGCAGAAUUAGUAGCACAUUUAGAAAGUAUGUUAUUUUCAAAACUGUUAGAUCAUGCACCAAAAAGAAUAGUGAAAGCAUGUAGGCAAGGUGCACUUCUCUUACAUCCACCACAUCAUUGUGCAAUUCAUAUUCGCCCUAACGAUCCCCGUGAAAAACGUUUACCACGCGAUUUAAUAAAAGCUGUGUAUCAUUUAGUAAGUGAAAGAAAAAAUCGUUAUAUAAAUACAAAAACUACUUAUACGCGUAAUUCAAAUAGUACAGAAACAGGACAAUUCAGAUUAAGUAGGCUAUAUAGUACAACUUCCACAAAUGAUAAUAGCCAACAAUUAAAUGAAGUGGUUACAGAGUUAAAAAGAUGCUCGUAUAAUAUCAGUGCACAUUUAGAUAAUUUGACCAACAAAGUUGAAAACAUUGCUAGGGAUUAUUAUAAUUAAAUAAGAUGUAUAGCAUUUACAAUAUCAAUUUCAUAAUAUACUUACAUAUACUUUUCAUUUACUUACCAAUAA